CCUAAGUUAUUUCCUCCUAGGUUCACAAAUAUUAAACUUGUUGACCUGAAAUUAGGAAGUCUUUUUCUCACUUUCUACUUGAGAAAGAAAAUUCUUGCUUUUAAUUGUUUGCUUUGUUUAAGUAAUUAAUGACAUAUGAUCCAGGUUGAUUUUAAGUAUGAGUCUCUGGUCUUUUUUUUUUUUUUUAAAGACUCAAAGAAACAAUCUCUUUCACCUACUCUAAUGUUCACAUGUAGCUGCACGGCCCAUAUGAAGCUCGGCCCCCACUGAGCCAACUGAUCACCUCCCCUCUCCCUAAUGAAUGGCUUUACUAAUACAGAGUGUCUAGAUGAUUUUCCAAACCCUAGAACGUUGUCUUCUGUGACUAAUUUCUCAGUGAAGUAAAUUACUCUUCUAUUUUUACAUAACUCUCAUUUCUCAUGUAUUUAAAAUUAAAACCAUAUACUCUGCGGAAGGUGACGUAAUCACAGACUCGGGAAGAAGGAAACACUUUCUGUUGGUUUUAAUAUCACAUCUCUCAAAGGAGAAGGAAACAGUUCACUUCCUUGGAUCUGGGGUUCCGCCUGAGGCCUCUAGGGGGCGACGUUGCACUAAGGAGGCAUCUGUUUUCGUCCCAGACCAUCCUCAUUUCACUGAGCCCCCACCCUGCAACUGGCUGAUGCAGCUCGCCGAUGUCUGUGUAGACAGAGAGUUGUGACUAGAGCAAGAGAUCAGAACACAUCCAGACUCCUUAAGGAAAGUCUUCUUUCUGUUUUUGAAACUUUUCAAAGUCAGGGACUCGUCCCGUCCAACCUCCGCACUGCUCCUAGCUCCCGAGGCUCAGUGCUCUUGGCCUCUAUCCGCCCUGCUCAGGGUCCUGCAGCGUUGCCACUGCUCAGCCAUGCUUCUGCUGCUCGUCCCAGUGCUCGCGGUGAUUUUUGUCCUGGGAGGAACCAGAGCCCAGUCUGUGACCCAGCUUGACGGCCAGGUCACUGUCUCUGAAGAAGCCCCUGUGCUGCUGAAGUGCAACUACUCGUCGUCUGUUACAGUGUAUCCCUUCUGGUAUGUGCAAUACCCCAACCAAGGACUCCAGCUUCUCCUGAAGUAUCUAUCAGGACCCACCCUGGUUAAAGGCAUCAAAGGUUUUGAGGCUGAAAUUAAGAAGAGUGAAAGCUCCUUCCACCUGAGGAAAUCCUCAGCCCAUGUGAGCGACGCAGCUGAGUACUUCUGUGCUGUGAGUGACACAGUGCCUGAGACUGCAGGGGAGCUGAACACAAACCCCCUGAGAUGCUGAGAUUUUCUGUGACUCAAGAACUCAACCUUGAAGUCUGUUUUAUAAUGUUAAAUAGCCAUUCAUAGUUUCUGAUGCUUACUGGUGUAUGCUAUAUUUUUUUCCAUCUGUUCAUUUUUUAACCAUGACUUUAAAUUUAAAGUGUGUUUCCUUUAGGUAGCUUAAUAUAGGGUCUUCCUUUCUAUCCACUAAGUCAAUCUCUGGUCUUGCAAUGGGAAGUUUAAAUAAUUGUAAUUUAAUAUGUAUUGAUGAAAUUGAAUUCUAGUAUACUAUGUUAUUAUUGUGUUUCUGUUUCACCCUUAUUAUUUUUUUUAACUGACUUUUUUGGGAUUAUUUGAAUAUUUUAAACACUAUGUUAUCUAUGGACUUCUUUGGUUAUAUUUCCAUAUUUUUUCAGUGGUUGCUCUGGAGAUUAUAGUACAUAUGACUAACUAUCCAGGGUCUUCUGUGAUAUUGUACCUCUUUAUGUAAAAUGCAGAAAGUUCUGCAGAAUGUCUCUUUAUCCAUCAACACUGAAGUUUGUUGUAGUAGUUCAUGUAUAUUAAAGCUACAUAUAUUGGAAACCUCACCAUAUAGUGGUACAAUUUUUAUUUUAAAUAAUUGUAUGGACUGUAUAAAACUUACUAGGAAUAAUAAUAAAUAUGUCAUGGUUAACAUCUGUUUACCAGCUCUGGAAUCCUUGCUUUGUUUCUAAAGUAAGUUUUCCUCUGACACCAGGAGAUGUGUUUGAAAUGACAUUGUUCCCUUCAAACUUGAAAAACUCCCUUUAAUAUUUUUUUUUAGAGCAGGAGUGCUGGUAAUUGUAUUUCUUAGUCAUAUGUUAUCUGAAGAGGUCUUUAUUCUUAAUUUGCCCUUUAUUUGUGGAAGAUAUUUUUACUGGAUCUGUAAUUCUGUGCCAACCAUCCCCCCUCCUCUCAUUGUCUGUUGGUCUCCAGGUUUUCUGGUUAGAAAUCUAUGGUUAUUCAAGUAAUUGUUCCUAAAUGAUAUUAAUAUGUUGCUUUUCUCUAGCUGCUUCAUAGAUAUGCUAUUUGUACACACACAUACAUGCAGGUAAAAUCAUAUCGACUUUUGUUGCCCUUGGUUUAAUUUUGAUGUUUACAUGUGGUUUCCUUUCAUUUUAUCCUGUUUGGGACUUGAAUUCAUAAGUUUGUCUUUCUUUGAAUUUGGUAUGUUUUCUGGCCCAAUCUCUUUCUCUUCUCCUUCGAGGACUCCAAUUAGUUACAGCUUAGAAUUUAGAACAUUGUCCCACUAGGCCUCCUUGGCUCUAUUUUUUUUCUUUCAUUUUUUUUUCUUGAUUUUAAGGUCUGCCUCUACUCACUAGAUGCCUGUAGAUUAUAUACCCCAAGUUGUGACAACCAAAUUCGUAUCUAGAUUUGUCAAGUGUCUCCUGAGGGGAGCAAAGUCAAAAUUAAUUAGGUUAGAUAAUCUAUACUGAUCUUUUUUCAAGUUUGUUAUUCUUUUCUCUAUCAUCUUCAUUUUGCUAUUGAGCCCUUACAGUGAGAUUUUCAUUUUGGGUAGUUUCCACUUCCAAAAUCUCCAUUUUUAAACUUUGUGUUAUAUAAUCAAAAGAGCUACUUUAACAUCUUUUUCUAUUACUUCUAGCAUUUUAGUCAUCUUGAUCUUUCAUCUGUUGAUCUUUUACUUAAAUAUUAGCCCACUUUUCUGAUCCUUUGUAUGUCCAAUCAUUUUGAAAUACAUCUCAAACAUUUUAAAUAUAUGUGUGUAGACUCUGUUUUCUUCUUCUUCUCCUUCUCAUUCUUCUUUAAAAAGCAUUCCUCUGAAGAAUUUUGAUGUUUUUGCUUUAGCAGGAAAUCAAACUAGUUUGGUUCAUACUGUAAGUUUUCUCCCCCCUUUUGUGGACUUUGGUAGCUCAAAAUUUCAGUUCAGUUUUUUAAUCAUUUGCAAUGUUGGUUCGGGUUUAUACCUGUCCCAUGUAGUUUAGGGACUAGUGUGAAACCUGUUUGGGUGGCUCAAAUCUCAGGUCAGCCCUGAACUCUCUGCUACAUUGGUUUUAGUUUGUCCUGCAUCGGUGCCACUCAAGAGGUAGUCUGAGAUGGAAAUGGUUGUUCAAAUAUCAGUUAAAUAACCUCAACUUUGUUGAUCUGGUUUGAGUCAGUCCCAGGGACAUGGAGCUUUGGGAUUAGCCUGAGACCUGAGCUGUUUUCCAUCUCUUCCCUAGGGUCUCCCUUUUCUAGCCUGGCCCACAGAGGCAGAAAGAUUGUGCUUCUUUCAGAGUUUUGGUCUCCUAUAGCAUUGUUAUUGCCACCCUGCCGUACACCAGAGGACUUUCUAAGUGCAAAGUCAAGAGAGAAAAAAAAAAUGAAAUUCACAUUUGCACAAGUUGCUUCUCUAACGUUUGCCCCCCCCCACAUUUUGCCUGCUUUGAGUAAUUUCAGAGUCCACAGAUAGUUAUAUUUUGUGUGUUUUAUUCAGUUUUCACUUGUAACCAAUGGGGGAAAUGGGCUGUAGGUGUCCUAAAGCUAUCUUCUAUUCUACUAUGUUCCUGAUAAACGCUGGUUCUGCACCUGGCCUCCAGAGGGCGAUGCUGCGCAAACUGGAGCUCUUGUUUCUGCUGAAGCUCAAUCCACUGCUCAGUUCCUCCUCCCUGCAGCUGGUUCUUUCCAGACAGAGACAAGUGACAAGAAUCAGAGGUUUAAAAGCAAAGAGAUUCAUCUCAGCAGUUUUUGCUGUUUUAUAUAAGCAAGGAGCGUGUACAGAAAACCUUCCUAACACUUCUUGGUCUUGGUCUCUUCAGCCACUUUUUCCUUCCUCUUCUUGGGAGAUCUUGCAGAAAAGAGCCUGCAGUGUUUCCCUUGC